CUCGAAAAUCUUUCUUUUUUCUUGUCAUCCUCUCGUAAGAAGCACGUUUCUGGCUUGUAAGACUUAAACUAACUUUCUGAAAGAAUCCAAGUAAAACUAACCAAAGAAGGAUGACCAAGGGAACUACCAGCUUUGGCAAACGCCACGUCAAGACGCACACGAUCUGCCGACGCUGCGGAUCCUCGUCGUACCACAUCCAGAAGUCGAAGUGCGCCGCCUGCGGUUAUCCCUCAGCUAAGAUCAGGUCCUUCAACUGGUCCCGCAAGGCCAAGUCCCGUAAGGCCCAGGGCAACGGAAGGAUGCGUUAUCUGAAGAUUGUGCGACGUAGUUUCCGGAAUGGAUUUCGCGAAGGCGGUAACACUCCCAAGAAGUCCGAAUAGGAAAGGGCUGCAAACUAAUGGCCAAUAAAAGCUAAAAUAAUGUGCCGGAUCUGAA